AAAUUCAUCAACUAUGACAACACUUCCAAGUCGGCGACAUGUAGCGUGCGUCAUUUACCUCGGAUUACAUCUAUGCUUGAGCCCAGCCCCCGCAGCCCUUGGGUUCACGAACCCAUAUUCGACAGCUCCAUUUCAGUCACAAUUCUCAUGAGUUUCCUCCCCACAAUUGUUUCCAGCUAUCCUAUGUAUUUAUCAGCUCUUGAUGUUACACCUCUAGCUAUGACUGGGCUGGUUGCCUUGUCAGGGCACCAGCCGCCUUCGCCCAUCCUUGCUCCUGGCCAAGAUACCAGCGAGCCUCUCGAGACAGCAAUUGAACCGGAUGACACCCAGGCCAUGAGCCCGCGGAUGACGAGCGAAGAGGUCGAAGCGUUGAAGUGUGAAAUGCAUACUGGAUUGCACCGGCAUGCGAAAGCUUUGCAGGACUCGCUACUCCUCAUCUUUAACCGCAUCGAGGCAGCUGAAAAGGGAAACGAGAAGCUAGACAGCAACAAAAAGGUGCUGCAGAAAUAUAUCGAGGACUUGACUAGCAUGCACCAGACCACGGCUUUGGACAGGCACGAGAAGUACUGAGCCUUUCUUGGGGAAGUUUUUGUCGUGCCGCAAACGUCCGGGCGAGGCUUGUCCGUUUUGGGAGGAAAGUUCGCUGGUGGCUUGGUGUUAGGAGUGAUUGUGAGCUCUGGAAUGGUCAUGAUGAAGCAGUAUUGCGGGAGUGGAAGAUAAUGUGUUGUUGAAAGGUCAGUUACAUACCAUGCAGUACCCACCCACCGGUAACAUCCACCUACCGGUAAGCAAAAAAGAAAAUUACCCAUACAAACUGCCGGUUUUCGAAUACACGGUUCAUGGCCCGGCUUGAAGUUAUCUACUUGAAAAAAAACAUCAUUUUACUGAG